CUGGCUCAGCAUCAGCCUGAGGAACUUUUCCUCUGCGCUCAUUGACGGUCCACCUUUGAAACUUCUGAUAACCAUCAACCGGGGCACGCGGCGCCGUGUUGUUGGCGCUUCUCAGGUCGCUUUUUAGUGUGUGUGUUGUGUGGAGGUGUUCACCGGCGGCACGCGGGACGAUGAUUUCAAUAGCGAAGGUGCUGCUCGGGCUCGGUGCGGUCGCGGUGGUCGUCACGUUAAUCGCGGUCCCCACGGUUAUUUUUCUCAGAGAGGACGAUGAGGCGGCGAGCAGCAGAACUUUCACCCUGGAAGAUGUUUUUAACAGCUCCUUAAGGCCAAAGUCCUACAACCUGAGGUGGAUUUCAGACUACGAGUAUCUGCACCAGUCAGGCUCCGUCUUCCUGCACAAUGUUGUCACCAAUAAGGUUACAGAGUUCCUGGGCACUGAUGCGUUUAUGGAGAAGAAAGCUUAUGAUUACCAGCUGUCUGCCGACCGCAAAUAUGUUGCUUUUAUUAGCAAUUACACAAAGCUGUGGAGACAUUCCUUUUUAGCUUCCUAUUCCCUGUACAACCGGGAAUCAAACACGUUUAUAACUUCAGCUGACAUUCCUGAUGGAGUCCAGUACUUUGCUUGGGCCCCAGAGGGAAACAAACUGGCCUAUGUUUGGGAGAAUAACGUGUACAUAAAGACCAGCCCUGAGUCACCGUCCCAGCAAGUCACUUUCAGUAAACUCAAUGACGUUUUCAACGGGAUCCCGGAUUGGGUUUAUGAGGAGGAAAUGUUUUCGUCCAAUCAUGCCCUCUGGUGGUCACCUGGAGGAAAAUAUGUUGCCUAUGCCGAGUUCAACGACACAGAGGUGCACACGAUAGAGUACUCCUGGUACGGCGACAGUCAGUACCCCAGCACUGUCUUGAUACCCUAUCCUAAGGCUGGCACCCCUAACCCUGUGGUGAAGCUGUUUGUUGUGGACUCUGAAAACGUGACGAAAACAGCAGAAGUUCUCGCUCCAGACCCGUUCAAAACAGUUGAUCACUACUUGGCGACGGUAACUUGGGCGACUGAUAAUUGCCUUGCAGUUCAGUGGCUUAAAAGAGUUCAAAACCAUCUCAUCCUCCAGAUCUACAACUUCAGUGGGUCUAGCUGGGAUCCAGUUGAGACCCUGGAGUUGACAAGCAGUGGAUGGAUCGGACGGUUCUCCCCAUCGGAACCAGUUUUUGCCGCAGACGCCAAGAGUUAUUACCUAGUCUUGAGUGACAGCAAUAAAUACAAACACAUCCAUCAAGUGGUCGAGGGAAGAACCACAGCCGUCACCUCUGGACAGUGGGAGGUCAUCGACAUCCUGAAAGUCACUGAAGACAGCGUAUAUUUUUCAAGCAAUGAAAAGGACGGCAGGCCAGGAGGAAGAAAUGUUUAUAAGUUGACCGGAGGCAGCAAGACUUGUCUGACUUGUAAAUUUCGUGCACACUGCGAAUAUAACUCUGCUUCCUUCAGUCACAACGCCUCUUUCUACCUUCUGAGCUGCAAUGGCCCCGAUAUUCCUUACCAGGCAAUUGUAGACACCAGGAGUAACACCUUGGUCAAAGAUUUGGAGGAGAACAACGCAUUUAGAAAUGAGACAUCCAAAAUCUCAAUGCCCGCUGUGCGUCAAGGAACUAUCAAAGUGGAUAAAUACAAUCUUUGGUACACAAUGCUUUUGCCCCCUGGUUUUGAUGAGUCCAAGACAUACCCCUUAUUAAUAGAUGUCUAUGCAGGUCCCUGCAGUCAGAAAGUUGACCUCAGAUACCGGGUCGGCUGGUCCACUUACCUGGCCAGCACUGAGAAAAUCAUUGUUGCCAGCUUUGACGGAAGAGGGAGCGGUUACCAGGGCGACGAGUUGAUGCAUGAAAUCUACAAACGUCUGGGAACCUAUGAGGUGGAAGAUCAGAUAACAGCGGCAAGGGAGUUCAUAAAAAUGGGCUUCAUUGAUAAAAACAGAAUUGCGAUUUGGGGAUGGUCAUAUGGGGGAUACGUAACGUCCAUGGUGUUGGGUUCUGGAAGUGGAGUUUUCAAAUGUGGAAUGGCUGUGGCUCCAGUCUCUAAAUGGACAUAUUAUGAUUCCAUCUACACCGAGCGCUACAUGAUGCAACCUUCGGAGAAUCCUAAGGGCUAUGCUGACUCAACAGUAACUGCCAGAGCCAAGAACUUCCAUUCAGUGCAGUAUCUACUUGUUCAUGGAACAGCCGAUGAUAAUGUUCAUUUCCAGCAAGCAGCAGAGAUCUCCGAAGCAUUGGUAGAUGAGCAAGUAGACUUUGAGGCUAUGUGGUACACGGACAAGGACCACGGGCUCAGCGGUUCGGCCAAUUCCCACGUCUACACCCACUUGAGUCACUUCCUGAAGAGGUGCUUUGCAUGAAGUCGUCACCUGCGAUCGCUGAAAGGACACAUUUGCUAGGAUCUCUUUUGGGAGCAAAAGUGUUAAACCGUCCAAACUUUGACGUUUUGAUGCACACCAUUAGUAAUACUGGUCUGUAUGUAAAUCGGAGCUUAAUGUUGUUUUGAUAAAUAAAUAAGCAUUUAAAUGUGAUUUUUCUAUUUACGUAGAUUGUAAGUGAGAGAUUCAUAGUUUAACUUGAUAAAAAAAAGACAAAGAAUAGAUGUCAUGAAAGGGUAAAAACAGGUUUUUGUGGUGAAUUCUGGAGUUUGUAUUUGUAAUCAGGUAUCACACGAUACGCCACACAAGCUAAGAGAUUGUUUCCUGAAUGCCGUGUAAAUAAAUUCCUUCAUGAUAAAUUGUU